CCUGGGAAUGCAGUGAGUUGACUCUGCCCAGAGAGGGGCUGGUGGUGCUCUGUGGGAGCUGCUGCUGAACAAUCCCUCAUUGCUGCGAGAUGACUAACAUUGAAGGGCUGCUUCUGGAGGCGAAUGCAGGCCGGUGUGUGGGCAUCCAGAUAGCCAACAACACCAGAGAUGUGACCCUUGAGAACCCCAGGACUUACUGUUUCAGUGGGCAUGCCAUGAUAGACCCUGUGUCCCGCAUCCCCCCCGGCUCUUUCGGGAGCAGCGUGUUUGUGAAAACAAGCUACACAGCCCGCGGGAGCGUCGGGGUGCUGAGCUACGAGUCCAACACUUUCACUCUGGCCAUCAUGUUCUCCAACCCCUUCGACCGUGUACUCUACAGCUCGGAGUUUGCCAUCCAGAUCUUCACUGGCAGGAAGCACUUCCACAGCAUGGAGCGCCUCUACCACUACAUGUACAGUGACGGCCCUCCCUAUACAUGUGAGUCCUACAGGAAAGUGAAGCUCGAGGUCCCAAAUGGUCAGCUGGAGGUGACCAAUAAGAAGAUCCAGGUGAAGGCCACUAUGUCCAACAAGGAUAAGUCCAUCAUUAAAGUGCAGAUUGAGCAAAAAGACCCGCACACUCCCAGCCCCAGCGCACCAGGCAGGUGGCCUGGUGUGGCAUGGCGUGGCAUGGCAUGGCGUGGCGUGGCGUGCACACCACGACCCCCCAGCCUGCCUGCCCCAGCCUCUUGGCCACAAAAGGGAACAGCAGGCAGGAGGGGAUCUGGUGGUGGCGCGAGGGAGGGGCCAUGCCAGGCUGUUUGGGGAGGCACAGCCCCUCAUGAUUGUCCUGAUAAAAUGUGUGUAGCAAGCAACAUUGUAUGUAAAGUUAUAAGAUUCCAUUGCAUGGUGUUAGUAAGAAAUAUUCCAAAUCUGGGGAGCGGCCAAAAAAAUCUACAUCUUAAAAAGAAAGAGCUUGGCAUUUCCAUCCACACAGUCUUUUUGUCUCCUGAACCUCAGCUGGAAAUACUUCUCAGAGAAGGGAAAGGACAAUAAGAAGGAAGGGCAGAUGCCCCAAAUCAUUCCUCACUUGCUCUCUGCCCACGACACCUGGAGAACAAAGGGAGGAGCAUUGGAUCAGGGGAGGUAUCCUGACUGAAAGUUCAGCCAGUAGAACUGCAGGAACAUGUGGUGAGAGAGCGCUUGCUUUGAAUUCAUUCGAGUUUGUUAAGUUAGGCAUUAGUUGCAUUUUACUUUUAUUUUUCUUGUAACCAAUUCUGAC